AUGUCUCGACAAGGUCCGCUCGACAGUCGAAGCAAUGCCUUUAUCCGACCACUUUCCAGCAACUGGGCCAGUAAAUCAAAUCCGUCAGCAGAGAUGCUUCCAAACUUCACGCAAAGAGAGGUAUCAUCUGCAGACCAUGACUGCCUCGCUUUUCGUCUCUCGGCGAGGGCGUCACAAAGACGCAAAACUACAGCUCUCCUAAGAAGACCACCAAAGCAAGAAAGCAAAAGCAGCCUAUACCAUUGCAAGUCAACGUCUCUCGGCACCCAAUCAAAGGUUCAACCAUCGGAAAGUAACAAAGUGCGAAAAAGAACGGUCUACGGGUUGUGA